GCACUGCUUUGAACAGCCCUAACGCGCUGUGUGUGUUCAGGACCCUGCAGUCCAACAUGGCUGCGCCCGCUAGAACUUUAAACUGUGAGGACUUCUCAAUGUUUCAGGAGGUGCUGAGGGUGAUGCGAAACAUAGACGACCGCAUCGUGCACUCCCUGAACACCACCGUGCCCACAGUGUCCUUCUCAGGCAAAGUGGACGCUUCAGAAACAUGCAAACAGCUCUAUGAAACUAUGAUGGAGGCCCAUCUGACCAGAGACAAAGCUAUCAAAUCCUGUAUCACUCAAACAUCUGAGGUGAUGGGACAACUGCGAGAAGAGAGAGCGAAAGACAGCGAUAACCUGGUGCUACUCAGACAGCUCAGGAAGGAGCAGACCAAAUUAAAGCUUAUGCAAUCAGAGCUGAACGUUGAAGAGGUUGUCAAUGACAGAAGUCUGAAGGUUUUCAGUGAGAGGUGCAGAAUCCACUACACGCCUCCGAAGGUGAAGUGAAGCUCCGCCCGAUGCUUUACUCGAGGUUCAAGUCCAGACUGGAGCUGAGAGUGUGUGUCCUGCUGCGUGCACACACACACACACACGCACACACACACCCCUCUGACCUCCAACACACCUAUAUUCCAUGUGAUCCAUGUGUGCAUUACUACAGCUGUAACACAGUCCUGCCUGUGCUUCUCCAAAGGGAGCAAUUGUAAUAAAAAAAAAAAGUGUUUUUUUAAAAAGACAAUGAAAUGUU